AUGUAUACCACCAGAUUCCCAUUACUGUGUUGGUGUUUGGCUGUUAUUGGACGAGUCUGUAUCUGUGAAAAUACAGGAACCUGUUUCCAGUACCUCACAAACUAUGACACCUGUAACAGAGAAACAAUAAGAAAGCCUGACGUUUCUUUUAUGGCAACACUAGGGAAUGACGUAAGAAACCCAAGGUCAAACAUGGUCAUAAAAUUUGACCACGUGAUUUCCAACAAAGGCGGCGGUUACAGCGGUGCCUCUGUUGUCUUCACAACCCCUAUAUCAGGCACAUACUUCUUCAUCGUCACCCUCAGCAUUCCCGCUCAAAGCAAUGCUAGCGAUUACCUCCGAGUGCACAUCAUGAAGAACGGAGUGGAGGCAUCUUACCUAUUUAUUGGGGCACACAGUGUGUGGGUGAAGCGGUCGGAGAACACUCUUCUGGAGUUACAGAGAGGAGAUAGGGUUUACGUCAGUGUGGGCAGUACAUCCUCCUCGGAGUUUGCCGUUAUCCCCGGGGGACAAUUUCAUUGUCAUUUUACAGGCUUUUUAAUAGAUUGA